AUGCAUCAAUACUUUCUUCAACUUUUACCAAAAUGUCUGAAUUUGUCACAGGCACAACAGGAACUCAAGUGGCUUGCCCUUUACGUUUUGAAGAAAAGUAAAGAUAAUAAAAAAUACUUUGCAGAAAAACAGAAAAAAAGUUCUUAUGAGAAUAGAAUCAAAAACUUAUCAUUAAAAACAAUAAUAAAAAGCUUUAAUGAGAAUGAAAGGAUCCUGUUAAACGAGUUAAUUAGAGAACGUGUUGAGAAGUCGAAACCUUUACAAUAUAUAAUUG